AAUCAUACUGGUGUCAGUUAGACGAGAGGACCGCACACAAACUUGAAGCAGACUUGAGAACAACAGAGAAACAAUGAAGUCCUUCAUUGGGAGUUUGGUAUAUUGCCUCUCUCUUCUGCUGGUCGAUCUCUGUGAAUCCUAUGACUUUAACAAUCCAUCCCACAUUUUAGCACAAAGUUACGCACAAAGAAGAAAUCAUGCGCUUCCACACCGGACGCUGAACCCAGCAGUAUACAGGAGUAAAUACUGGUUAGAUGGACCUGAUCACCCUAACAAACAGAGGAGGAAGAUUUUGCCCCAUCUUAUCCCAGUAGCUUAUCCAGUACCCACAGCUCCUUCUCAACCCAAAGUUCAUGACUGGCUCAAAGACACACCAACCACAAAGGUGCAUAAUACAAAUAAUAACCAGUAUCCAACUGAGGCACGCAUGCAGCUGAGAGGUGAAUGGGCACCAAUAGUUUGCCGAAAAUUUAAAGAUCCAGAACAAACAGUUGUACUUACAGGAGAAUCAGGGGAAAGUACAGGCGUGUCAAAGGUGGUGUCAAAUCAACCCAUUGUUGUUCCACAACACUCGUAUAUAGGUCCAGAAAAAUCUGUGGUUCUUCCGGAGCAAUCAACAAAUAACCAGCCAACCAUUCCACCGGUUGCUCCUGAGACAGGUUUUUACCAAUCAAAGCCAUCAAUGACCUUGGAAACCUCACUAUCUUUGAAUCUCUCUCUGCCUCAGAAACCUAUGCCACAAUCCUUGUCAACAUUGGCGCAAGAACCAAAUUCACAAGGUGCAUUUCCCCAAUCCCUUCCAACCACUACCAUGACACCUGAGGCAUAUCCUCAAAGUACCUUCCCCGAAUCCCUGCCAACAUCCACCCUUACACCGGAGAUGUACUCUCAGAGCACUUUAUCCCAACCCUUGCCAAAGUUCACCUAUUCAAGAGGGCCAUAUCCUCAAAGAAUCCCACCCCAGUCACCGUUAGAGCCAUAUGACCAAAGUUCCUACUUAGAAUCCCUGCCAGUAUCCACACUGAUACCAGAGACAAAUCCUCGAAGCGCUUCACCUCAGCCUGUCCCAGUGUCCACUCAUAGAUUAAGCCCUUAUUCCCCAAAGAUCUCAUCCCAGUCCCUGUCAACAUCCAGUUUGACACAAGAGGCAUAUCUUCAGACCACCCCACCACAGUUCCUACUAAUGUCUACUGUGCCACAAGAAUCAUUACCAGAGGCACCAAACAGGAUUAUUACCCACGGCAGGGUAGCCAUCACAGGGAGGACAGCAACAGAUUCACAAUGUAGGAGCCGCCCACUGGACCUGGUCUUCAUCAUUGACAGCUCACGUAGCGUGCGUCCAGGUGAGUUUGAGAAGGUCAAGAUCUUCCUGGCUGACAUGGUGGACACUCUUGACGUUGGCCCCGAUGCCACACGUGUCGCAGUGGUGAACUAUGCCAGCACAGUCAAAAUUGAGUUCCUGCUGAAGAACCAUCUUAAGAAGGACUCUAUAAAGCAAGCCAUCAACCGCAUCGAACCCCUCGCCGCGGGAACCAUGACUGGUAUGGCCAUCAAGAAAGCCAUGGAUGAAGCCUUCGCUGAAAAGUCAGGAGCGCGACCUAAAUCGAAGAACAUCUCCAAGGUUGCCAUCAUUGUCACUGACGGGCGUCCUCAAGACCAAGUCGAGGAGGUGUCGGCUGCAGCACGAGCUUCGGGGAUUGAGAUUUACGCAGUCGGAGUGGACAGGGCUGACAAGCAGUCGCUGAAGCUCAUGGCCAGCAAUCCACUUGAGGACCAUGUGUUCUACGUGGAGACCUACGGUGUCAUUGAGAAGCUCACCUCAAAGUUCCGGGAGACAUUGUGCGAUAUGGAUGCCUGUGAAAUAGGACACAGCUGUCAACACAUUUGUGUGAGCAGUGGCAACUCGUAUCACUGCAAAUGCCGCUCAGGCUUUGUCUUGAACGACGACCUGCGAACAUGCUCCAUUAGAGGCGCUGGCGCUUACGGACAUGGUGACAGUGUACACAAGGGUGACCGAAACAAAAAGAAUGAUGGCAACCAAAAUGGUGAAGGUAGUGCUAGUAUGGAUUCCUGUGCGUUGGGCCACGACUGCCAACACACAUGCAUCUCCAGCGAUUCCUCCUAUUACUGCUCGUGUCCUCCUGGCUUUGUCUUGAUGCAGGACAAGAAAUCAUGUUUUCAAGCCAGUGACGCUGAUGGAGAUGGUAGUGGCAGUCUGGACUACUGUGUGCUGGGUCAUGAAUGUGAACACAUUUGUGUCAACGAUGAUGCUUCCUAUCACUGUGAGUGCCACCGGGGUUUUGUGUUGCAAGAAGACCAGAAAACAUGUUCCAAAAAACAGGUGAAGGUGGAGAUCGUUCAGGACCCCUGCAUGUGUGAGGCCCGACUGGCUUUCCAGAGGCAGACACAAACCUCCCUACAGGACCUCAACGCCAAACUUGCUGCUGUCACAAGAAAGGUUGAGCAAAUGGAAAACAUGCUGGGACGCAUGUAACAGAGCAGUUCUUGCAAUUACUGGAGUGGAUAUGAAGCACUAGACAACAAGACGGCUUCGAUUUCAUCACUGAAACUUCAUCACGGGCCACACUGAUCACAUGAAUGGCUUUAAAACUGGAUCACAGUGGCUGAUGUUCAGAUGAAGUUUCUUAAACCACGUUCACAAAAAAAAAAAAAAGAAUAUUAACCAUAUUCAAAUAGUAAUUAAUAUUAAUAAGAGAUUAAAUCAUGCAUGAAGUGCUGCAAUGUUUUAUAAUGAUGUUCUUUUGCUCCCCAGAAAUGGUCAAAAGAAAUCUCUCCAUUUAAAUAGACUAAAUUAU